AUGGCGGCCAUCCCCCUGACCGGCCAUGAAGCCCUCUCCGGCAUCCUAGGCUCCAUCUCCAUCGCGUGCUGGAUCUUCCUGCUCAUCCCCCAGCUCCUGACCAACUACCGCAACACGUCCGCAUCCGCCCUCUCGCUGCCCUUCCUGCUCAUCUGGUUCCUCGGCGAUGUCUGCAACCUCGCCGGAGCCGCCUGGGCGGGGCUGGUGCCGACCGUGAUCGCGAUCGCGGUCUACUUCUGUUUCUUGGACGCGAUUUUGGUGCUGCAGUGGGGGUACUAUCAUUGGAUCUACCGCGCGGGAGGGGUGGGGGAGGGCGUUCAGGGGAAGACCGAUGCCGGUGCUGCUGCUGCUGCUGUUGCGGAUGGGAAAGGGAACGGACAUGGAAAUGGGAGGGUGGGCGAGGGGGUAGAUAUGUUGGGAGAAGAGGAGCCGCUGCUAGCGCGCCAGAGGAGCGGCAGUAUCACGAUCCCGGGCUCGCAGCGGCCAAGCAGGAAGAGGCGGACAUCCAGUUCUGCCACGGCCGGCUCUGCGACGAGGAGACGGAGCAGCCAAGCCUCGAAUCUCCUGCUCGACCGGAUUCUGGAGGAAGACAACCGAGGCACAGCCACGAAGACGUGGAUGAAGAACCUGAUUUCGAUACUCGGUGUGAUAGUGGUAGGCACAGCGGGCUGGGCGAUUGCAUGGGGAAGCGGGGCCUGGACGCCUACUCCCGUCGACUCCGGCUCUGGUGGUGCUGGUACAGGUGCCACCGGCCCAUUCGGGGCGCAGAUCCUCGGCUACGGGAGCGCGGUCGCCUACCUGGGAGCGAGGAUCCCGCAGAUUGUCAAGAAUGCUCGCGACCGGAGCUGUGAGGGACUCUCCCUCCUCUUCUUCAUCCUCUCCCUAAGCGGAAACCUCACGUACGGUGCCGGCAUCAUGGCCCAUUCCCUCCGUCGAGAUUACUUACUCAUGAACACACCGUGGUUGGUGGGCAGUCUCGGGACGAUGUUGGAGGACGCCAUUAUAUUCACACAAUUUCAUAUUUAUGCUAAGAACAGCGAUGGCGCGGAGGAGGCUGUUGUUUGA